CAUUCAGGUCAUAAAUGGGACCACUAACAGUGCUUCAACCUUCCUAACUUUGUUCAGAUGUCCUGUCAUUACUAAGCACAUCAUGGCUAGUCAACAUACCCUCAUUGGAUGCAUCCUAUUUCUAUCAGUGGAUUGGACUUCAUCUGUCAUUCCAGAGAAUGAGAAGCAUCCCAGCUACUGGAACAACAAGGCGAAGCAGGCCCUCCACAAAGCUCUGGAUAUGAAGCCAAAUGUCCGUCGGGCUAAGAACACUAUUCUGUUCCUGGGAGAUGGUAUGGGCAUCCCCACAGUGACUGCAGCGAGGAUCCUCAAAGGCCAGAUGAAUGGAGGGAACGGAGAGGAGUUUAGUCUGGCAAUGGACACCUUCCCACACUUAGCCCUGUCUAAGACGUACAACGUGGACCAGCAGAUGCCUGACAGUGCCGGCACAGCCACUGCCUACCUGUGUGGUGUGAAGGCCAACUAUGGAACCCUGGGUCUCAGUGCCUCAGCUCUGCGCUACAACUGCAACAGCACCUUCGGAAACGAGGUGGAAUCUGUCCUUCACCGCGCCAAGAUGGCAGGGAAGUCGGUGGGCAUCGUCUCCACCGCCCGCGUGCAGCAUGCCUCUCCUGGAGCCGCCUACUCCCACACAGCCAACCGAGGCUGGUACGCCGACGCUGACAUGAACACCGCAGACAUCACAGCAGGAUGCCGUGACAUCGCCUACCAGCUGGUCCACAACACUGACAUCAAUGUCAUUCUUGGUGGAGGACGAAAAUAUAUGUUUUCCAAGGAGACACCGGACCCAGAGUAUCCAUCAUACACAGGAGUCCGUAACGACAAGAUUGACCUCACCGCAGUGUGGCUCAAUAACAAACAGAAUGCAAAGUAUGUGUGGAACAAAGAUGAAUUUGACAAAGUGAAUCCGGAAAAAACAGACUACCUGAUGGGUCUGUUUGAGCCAAGUGACUGCCGCUAUGAGCUCGAGCGUGACCAUACCUUGGACCCUUCCCUCACUGAGAUGGUGGACAAAGCCAUCAAGAUCCUCCGCAGGAACCCCAAAGGAUACUACCUCUUUGUGGAAGGGGGGAGAAUUGAUCACGGUCACCAUGGCAGCGGGGCCAAAUUUGCCCUGACGGAGGCGGUGGAGUUUGACAAUGCCAUCGAGCGGGCGGCAGAACUGACCAGUGAGCUGGACACUCUGUCUGUGGUCACUGCUGACCACUCCCACGUCUUCUCCUUUGGAGGGCACUCCAACAGAGGGAACCCCGUCUUAGGUCUGUCCCGUAACCUGGCUGACGAUAAAAAGAGCUUUACCACCACACUCUAUGGAAACGGACCAGGAUACAAGUUAGUCAAUGGAUCUCGUGCAGAUGUCAACACGACGGAAGCAGAUCACAAAGAUUACAAGCAGCAGUCAGCCGUACCUCUGGACUCUGAGACCCACGGCUCAGAGGACGUGGCCAUCUUUGCCAAGGGUCCCAUGGCUCACCUCUUUCACGGGGUCCAGGAGCAGAGCUACAUCGCCCACGUCAUGGCCUACGCAGCAUGCAUUGAACCCUACACAGACUGCUUCAUCCCAGACCUAGAGCCAGAGCCUGACCACACAGGAGCCAUCAACCCCAGCCUCAUAGUGCUGCUGAUGGGCCUCAUACCUGCCCUCCUCUCCCUCUUCGCUGUCUGAUGGGCCUCAUACCUGCCCUCAUCUCCCUCUUCGCUGUCUGAUGGGCCUCAUACCUGCCCUCCUCUCCCUCUUCGCUGUCUGAUGGGCCUCAUACCUGCCCUCCUCUCCCUCUUCGCUGUCUGAUGGGCCUCAUACCUGCACUCUGUUCCCUCUGAUGGGCCUCAUACCUGCCCUCCUCUCCCUCUUCGCUGUCUGAUGGGCCUCAUACCUGCACUCUGUUCCCUCCGAUGGGCCUCAUACCUGCCCUCCUCUCAAUUAUAUCUGUCUGAUUUUGGAAACAUGUAGAGACCCAGCUAUGAUUAAUCUACUGAGAUUUAUCCGAUAUUCCACCACACAGACAUUUUACAUUUGAGUCAUUUAGCAGAUUUUCUUACAGGAGUGAGUACAUCCAUCUUUGUAUUGGUCCCCCCCAUGGGGAAAUCGAACCCACAACCCUGGCGUUGCAAGCAUCACGCUCUACCAACUGACCUACACGGGACCAAUAGCAACACUCGGAUUGCUCUUCUGUCCUGAAAUAUUGAUAUUCCUUAUUCAUUGCUAAUGUUCAAUCAAGAUACUCAUGUUCAACCCAUGUUUGUUUGUUAUUAAGGUAUGGAUAGUAAUGUUUGCUAUUGAGUUAGGGGUAGUUAUGUUUGUUAUUGAGUUAGGGGUAGUUAUGUUUGUUAUUGAGUUAGGGGUAGUUAUGUUUGUUAUUAAGGUAUGGAUAGUAAUGUUUGCUAUUGAGUUAGGGGUAGUUAUGUUUGUUAUUGAGUUAGGGGUAGUUAUGUUUGUUACUUAGGAAAGGGAACGGGGUAUGGAUAGUAAUGUUUGUUAUUUAGGAAAUGGAAAGGGGUAUGGAUAGUAAUGUUUGUUAUUUAGGAAAUGGAAAGGGGUAUGGAUAGUAAUGUUUGUUAUUUAGGAAAUGGAAAGGGGUAUGGAUAGUAAUGUUUGUUAUUUAGGAAAUGGAAAGGGGUAUGGAUAGUAAUGUUUGUUAUUUAGGAAAUGGAAAGGGGUAUGGAUAGUAAUGUUUGUUAUUUAGGAAAUGGAAAGGGGUAUGGAUAGUAAUGUUUGUUAUUUAGGAAAUGGAAAGGGCUAUGGAUAGUAAUGUUUGUUAUUUAGGAAAUGGAAAGGGCUAUGGAUAGUAAUGUUUGUUAUUUAGGAAAUGGAAAGGGGUAUGGAUAGUAAUGUUUGUUAUUUAGGAAAGGGAACGGGGUAUGGAUAGUAAUGUUUGUUAUUUAGGAAAUGGAAAGGGCUAUGGAUAGUAAUGUUUGUUAUUUAGGAAAUGGAAAGGGGUAUGGAUAGUAAUGUUUGUUAUUUAGGAAAUGGAAAGGGGUAUGGAUAGUAAUGUUUGUUAUUUAGGAAAUGGAAAGGGCUAUGGAUAGUAAUGUUUGUUAUUUAGGAAAUGGAAAGGGGUAAGGAUAGUAAUGUUUGCUAUUUAGGAAAUGGAAAGGGGUAUGGAUAGUAAUGGUGUUGUGUAAACUGAGCUGAUCUACAGUAUAAUCUCCAUUGACACUCCAUAAAAACUUAUCCAAAUGUA